AAUAUGGCAGCAGACGAGGUUCAAGAAUUUUUUCCAUCGGCAAACUUAAGCCUGCUGUCACUUUCAGAGAUCGCUGGUGAAAAACAAGCAUCAUAUAUACACAGUAACCAAAAAGUGCAAAAGAGCACAGGCGAUGCUGAAGUGCUCGAGCCUAGCGAUGAGAAGGAAAAGUUUCCUCGAAUCGUUCCACUAAAUGUUGGCGGAAUUCAUUUCAUGACUCGUCUCUCCACUCUAACUAAAUACAGUGAUUCCAUGCUUGCAGCCAUGUUUAGUGGCAGACACCAUAUUGACAAAGACAAAGAUGGCAACUAUUUCAUAGACAGCAAUGGAAGAUACUUUGGAUAUAUUUUAGAAUACCUACGUCAUGGGACUUUGGCUCCUAAAGAUGUAGCAGAGUAUGUGUACAAAGAGGCAAUGUACUAUGGCUUAUAUGACCUGAUGGAGCAGCUGACCACCACCCCCAGGGUGUCCAAACUCUUGGUCAGUGAGGCACACAGGGCACAGUUUCCAAAUUACUUUGAGGUGAAGCAGAGGACAAUAAAAACUGCUGUAGAAAAUGCCACUGUGUUGAAUAAAGCAGGGGAAGUGAUUAUUUAUGCCUUUAGAAAAGAAUUUGUACCCAAAGCACCAAACUUUAACACUAAUCACAACUGUGUGGCAGACCAGGCUCAUAUCAAUGUGGGGCCGUGGGAAGCUCUGGCAGAUGAAGAGACCUUUAUACGUUGUUUGGAAAAUGAUCUUGUUGAAGAUGGCUUUAAUGUGAUGCGUCAUGAAGCCAAAAGAAGAUGCAAAUAUUAUUAUGGGCAGAAUUGUCAGAAAUGUAUUUACAGAAUACAAAUUGUGUUUUCAUAGUGAAUACAAGGCAAUGAUUAGUUAAAAGUGAAAUUAAAAUUGUGUAUGCUUAUUCUGAUGGCGACUGCUCUUAUCAUUUAAGUACAAUCAUUGUUAUUUACAUAAAGUACAUUCAUCAUUGCAAAUAUAUGACAGUACUACCCCAGUAUGUUCAUAUGUGUAAAAUCUUUCAUCCACAACAUCUUGAUUAAAUUUCAUUUUCAUUAAUUGCAUGAUAACAGAUUUUCAUCAAUUGAAAGACGUUUCUGCAUUUCUUGUCAGAUUGUUUCAGUUUGUAACUGACAUUUCCUCUUGCAGCAUGUCAUCUUUUCAGCAGUUUUCAGUUGCCUUAUGAUCAUAUUUGCCAUAUUUUUAAGUAUUGUGCAAUCUAAAAGUAAAAUAAUGACUGGUAAAUUGGGUUUCAGCCAAAUUUCAAAGUAAGAUCUGUAUCAUUAAUCUUAGAAUUUCAUGUAUUUGAAAUGAAGUUAAAUUUAAGGUUGUAGGAAUUUGGUAAUGUGCAAUCUAUUCCAACACCAAGUCUGUUUCAAGGACAGUCCCGGUUGCUCUCAUUUGAUAAACUGUAGCUUCUGUAUAAUUUAAGGGACAUUUUGGUGCUGGAGAUGGUGAGAUGCAUGGAGAAUUGAGUUAAGCAAUGUUUAUAAGCUUACGUAUUUCAUUGUACCAAACACGAGCCUUUUUGACAAAUUCAGAAAGGAACAAUGUUCAUAUUUAAUAUUCAAGAUGAACUUAUAUUAUGGUGAAAAUGCAAAUGUAAUCUUUAUGAGAAGCUGCACCUUUUGAGUUUAUUCAUUAAGUUUUUGGGCCAAAUUGCACAAAGAAUCCAAGUACACAAAGUUUCUGGGGCAAUCUUUUGGUUCUAUUUAAGCGCAGUAAAUCCUUUAAGAUUCUGGAUAAAACAACCGACAAUUUAGUAAGAGUUACUCAAUAUUUCAAGUUACAGAUUUUGAGUAAGGUGAUGUGUUUUAAGGAGUGAAAAAAGAAAAAAAAAGUGUAGCACAAUUGAGAUAAAUAAUGUAAGGUGAGGAGUUAUGGAGUCGGCUUCAAUUAGUAUAUACUUACGAAGUUACGGUGUUUGGAAAAAACUGGUGACAAAAUUUGCAAGAAGUAAUUGUAACUCUAUCCAGGGUUCAAGAUUCAAGAUUUCCUCAAAUUUACAUUCCUUGAACCAUUCUAUUGGCUUGUAAUGGAAUGGUGUGGUUGCUGUCCUUUUGUUUUUGGGGUUUCAUCCAAUUUGAACAUUCCUUUUUUCCAUCCUUGUUUUUCACCAAGAAACAAGAUCUUUUCAAGACUGUUAGUGCCAUAUUGGGUGUGGAUAUAAUUGUCUGCAUAUGCAGUCCACGUUUGUUUGUGGACUUGAUUUGUUUGUAAAAUGCUAGUCUUAAUUAUUUUGACCAAAACAUUCAAGUUUUAUUUAAACACUUCAACUGGUCAUCAGUUUUAAGUGUAAAACAUGGCCAUUUCCAUUAAAUGCAGUGGAUUUGAAAAUUAAAGAAUUACAUUGU